GUUUCCUAAGAUCACCUUGGCAAAGGCAGAAACAGUUAUCAAAAGGCAGUCCUGCGGGCGACCGUGAUCCUGUUGUUUUUGAACGGGACCGCGAAGACGAAGUGGGCUGGCUAGCCUUUUCCACAAGUUGGCUACUGUUGUAGUUCGUAUUCAGCUAGGUGGACAUUUAGAUAAUUAACAGGGUAGCCGGCUGGAGAGGUUGGCCUUAAUCAGGUUAUUAAUUGUUGGUGGCUAGAUACGCGCAGUCUCCAUCGUCAUUUGUCGUGAAAGUGGUCGUGACUGCGGGGGUGUGUGUGAAGCUAAAGUUAGCCGGCUAGCCAGCUAACCGUAACCAGCUCCUGUCUGUUGAAUGGUUUUGGUUUCCCUCCCCUAUUCGGAUCCCGAAGAUGGUAUGUUUGUCCGCUCGGGCUCCUGUUGGUGACGGAGAGAGGAACAAUAUGGCGCCGGGAAUCGCUCCUGCUUCUGCUGGACCAGUGUUCGUCUAAGAUCGGCGAUACAGCAGGAUGAACCUCUGCGCCCAAUAUUUACGGCAGGCAGAGGCCCUGAAGGCUGAUAUGACAGAUUCAAAGCUGGGUCCAGCAGAGGUCUGGACGUCACGGCAGGCGCUGCAGGACCUCUACCAGAAGAUGCUGGUGACAGACCUGGAGUACGCCUUGGACAAAAAAGUGGAGCAAGACCUCUGGAACCACGCUUUUAAGAAUCAAAUAACGACACUACAGAGUCAGGCCAAGAACAGAGCCAACCCCAACAGGAGCGAGGUGCAAGCUAAUCUGUCCCUCUUCCUUGAGGCAGCUAGUGGAUUCUAUACCCAGUUAUUACAGGAGCUCUGCACGGUCUUCAAUGUGGACCUGCCCUGUCGGGUAAAGUCGUCUCAACUGGGAAUAAUCAGCAAUAAACAGAACAGCACCAGCUCCAUUGUGAAACCCCAGCCCAGCUCUUGCGCCUACAUCUGCCAGCAUUGCCUGGUGCACCUUGGAGACAUUGCACGCUAUCGCAACCAAACCAGCCAGGCAGAGUCCUAUUACAGACAUGCAGCUCAACUCGUUCCCUCCAAUGGCCAGCCGUACAAUCAGCUGGCCAUCCUGGCUUCCUCUAAAGGGGACCACCUCACCACCAUCUUCUACUACUGCCGGAGCAUCGCCGUCAAGUUCCCCUUCCCCGCGGCCUCCACCAACCUGCAGAAGGCUCUCUCCAAAGCCCUGGAAAGCCGCGAUGAAGUCAAAACAAAGUGGAGCGUGUCAGACUUCAUCAAGACCUUCAUUAAGUUCCAUGGCCAUGUAUACCUGAGCAAGAGCCUGGAGAAACUCAGCAACCUUAGGGAGAAGCUGGAGGAGCAGUUUCAGAGGUUGAUUCUACAGAAAGCAUUCAGCUCCCAGCAGCUCGUUCACAUCACGGUCAUCAACCUUUUUGAGCUGCACCACCUGAGAGACUUCAGCAACGAGUCGGACGAGCAGAGCUUCAGCCCCGACGAGCAGAUCAGCUGGAUCCAGCUCCUCGGGCUGUUCAUGUCCUUCCUGGGCGUGAUGUGCAGCCGGGCCCUGCUGAACCGGAACCGCGGGGAGAUCCUGGGAGAGUGCCCGCUGCCUGCCAUCAAGGUGUCCCUGGAGUGGCUGAAACUGCGGCCGGCCGUCUUUCAUGAGAGCGCCGUGGACCAGAGGCAGUAUAUCUGGCCUUGGCUGGUCUCCAUCCUGAACAGCUUCCAGCCCAGGGAAGAGGAUGUGUCAUGUACAUCAGUGAAUCCUCUCCCAGAGGAGUUUGAGCUGCAGGGCUUUCUGGCGCUGAGGCCUGCCCUUCGGACCCUGGACUUUUCGAAAGGUCACCAGGGCAUUGUCGUGGACAAAGAGGGCCUGCCAGUCCGCGCCCGUCACCAGAGACUCAUCAGCCUGGGCAAGUGGGUGGCAGAUAACCAGCCUGGACUGAUCCAGUGCCGGAUCGACGACGGCCUGCUCAUCUUCAUCACGGACAUCCCGGAGGCGGUCAUCGAGGAGCCCCAGGACAAGGACGGCCCCGUGCUCCAGGAAUCGUCCAACGGCGAGCAGACGCCCCACGAGGGCAGCCCGGGCCUGAAGUCGGUGCUGUCGGCCGGCAAGAACCAGAACAGCGGGCCGGAGAGCGGGGAGAGGCCCGUGGUGACCUUCAAGGAGAACAUCAAGCCCCGCGACCAGAGCCGCGAGCCCACCCGCAACCACCACCCGAAGGAGGGAGGGAAGGACAGGAGGGACUUCGGCAAGGGCAACGGCGCCCCCAGCAAGAGUGAGCAGAAGAAGGACAAGAAGAAGAACGAGGCCAAGAAGAACUGCCACGAGAAGGCGCCCGACACGGGGAAGCAGGUGAAAGCACAGUCCGAGAUGAGGAAGACCCCGGUUUCGGAGGCGAGGAAGACUCCGGUCACACAGACCCAGACCACUAGCUCCUCCCAGUUCAUCCCGAUCCACCAUCCGGGCGCUUUCCCACCCCUGCCCAGCAGGCCAGGGUUCCCGCCUCCAGCGUACGUGAUCCCGCCCCCCGUGGCGUUCUCCGUGAGCCCGGGCUUCACCUUCUCCGCCAGCGUGUCCGUGCCCGGCGCCUUCCUGCAGCCCGCCGCCCACCCUCAGUCCGGCGCCCAGGUGCAGGCUGGGAAACCGUCGCACAUUCCGUACAGCCAGCAGAGGCCUUCGGGACCCGGCGCGGUCAGCCAGCAGCAGCAGCAGCAGCAGCAGCCCGUGCAGCAGCCCGGGCAGCCGUCUGCGCAGCUGCAGAUCCAGGCGCUGUCCCAGCAGCAGCAACAGCAGCAGCAACAGCAGCAGCAGUCGCCCACGAAGCCCACGUCUGCGCAGCUGGGCAAGAGCCCGCCGCACCAUCCAGGCAUGCAGCAGUACAUGCAGGUGUCGGAGCAGGCGGGCCAGCUGUGGAGCCAGCACCAGCCGCAGCCCUCCAUGCAGAAGAUGCCCAUGCAGAUGCCCGUCAAGCCGCCCUUCUACAUGCCCCCGCAGGAGCCCCUCAAGCUGUUCGAGCACCCGCUGCAGCCCAUGCAGCCGCCGCCGCAGCCCGCCGGCAUGGACAAGAAGGUGAAGUUCCCCGAGGUCAAGGUGCAGGACUUCUACUGGGACCCGCCGUACCGCAUGGCGGAGAACCGGCCCAUGAUGGGCCACCAGAUGGCCGGCGAGCGGAUGGUGAAGCGGCAGCAGGGCGUCUUCUGUCCCAGCCAGGACAGCGGGCCCCGCGUGCCGUCCUUCGAGGACAACAAGAGCUCCCCUCUUCUGCCUCCUGACCUGUUAAAAAGUCUAGCAGAUUUUGAGGAGGAGGAAGAGCUGGCCUUUUCUAAGCCUCAUGAUUUCUACCAUGCCUUGGCAAGCCCUCUUAGCACUGCUCCUGGACGAAACAUAUUUUUGCCAAACCAGUCAAGGCUGGACAGAGCCCCUGAGCAGACGUCUCAGUCCUCCCUCCUGCCGCUGUCUGGAUUUCCAGUUCAGGAGAACUACCAGAACAGCAUUUUCAGUGAAGCCUACGGCAAAAACAUGGCUCCCACCCCCAAGCCCGACGUUCCCCUGCCCCACCAAGAGCCCUCCCUCUACUCCCUCUUUGAAGGAACUCCGUGGUCUCCCUCUCUUCCUGCCAGCUCAGACCACUCGACUCCGGCGAGCCAGUCCCCCCACUCCUCCAACCCCAGCAGCCUGCCCUCGUCCCCGCCCACGCACAACCACAGCUCCAUCCCCUUCUCCACCUUCGGCCCCAUCGGGACCCCCGACAGCAGGGAGCGCAGGAUGGCCGACCGCUGGAAGGCGGAGAAGACCGCGGCGAUGUGCGGGUUUGGCUUGGACUACUUGCCGGCCGCGUCGUCCUCGGCCACAGAGAACAGCUGGCAUCAGAGCAGCAACCCCAGCAACACAUGGGCCGCACAGGAAACGCCCAUGGAGGACUCCUCCACCGUCCUCCUCGACAGUCUUAAGUCGAUCUGGUCCAGCUCCAUGGUGCACCCGGGCCCCUCGGCCCUGGAGCAGCUGCUGAUGCAGCAGAAGCAGAAGCAGCAGCGUGGCCACGGCACCAUGAACCCGCCGCACUGAAGCGCCACGCCACGGAAGCUCUUGCGUGAAGACGAAGAGAAAAACCAAGCUCCAACCGAAUUCUACCGGCACGUGGGUGGUGUUGGGGAAAAGGCGAACGACCCAACCAAGGCUCGACACCCCCCCCUCCCCCCCUCCGCCUGAUGAGGGUGGCGCCGCCCUCUCCUCUCUCUGCGCCUCCACGGGCAACGAGGGCGUGCUUGCGCCACACAUACACACACUCACACACACCGCUGCUGUGCACGACCGCCGCCGCCGCC